CGGUGGUGACGCAGGGCGGGCCGCGCCGCGCGCCCCCGGGCCCUGAGGCGGCCGUUGUUCGCGCGCCCCGAGGCCGCGGCGGCCCCAUGUGAGAGGGGCGGGGGGGGCGGCCGGGCGCACCGCCACCCGCCGGGGCCACGGGGGAAAAUGACAUCGCGGAGAUGGUUUCAUCCAAAUAUUACUGGGGUGGAAGCAGAAAACCUACUAUUAACAAGAGGAGUUGAUGGUAGUUUUUUGGCACGGCCCAGCAAAAGUAACCCAGGAGACUUUACACUCUCUGUUAGACGAACUGGAGCUGUCACUCACAUCAAGAUCCAGAACACUGGAGACUACUAUGACCUCUAUGGAGGAGAGAAGUUUGCUACAUUGGCUGAGUUGGUCCAAUAUUAUAUGGAACAUCAUGGACAGCUCAAGGAAAAGAAUGGAGAUGUUAUAGAGUUGAAAUACCCGCUGAACUGUGCUGAUCCCACAUCUGAAAGGUGGUUUCAUGGGCACCUCUCUGGAAGAGAAGCUGAAAAACUGUUAACAGAAAAAGGAAAACAUGGAAGCUUUCUUGUGCGUGAGAGUCAAAGCCACCCUGGGGACUUUGUUCUCUCUGUCCGAACAGGAGAUGAUAAAGGAGAGAGUAAUGAUGGGAAAUCUAAAGUGACACAUGUCAUGAUUCACUGCCAGGAUCUAAAAUAUGAUGUUGGUGGAGGGGAGAAGUUUGAUUCUCUGACAGAUCUAGUGGAACAUUACAAGAAGAACCCUAUGGUAGAAACUUUGGGCACAGUAUUGCAACUCAAGCAGCCUCUGAAUACCACCCGUAUUAAUGCUGCAGAGAUUGAAAGCAGAGUGCGAGAGCUAAGCAAGCUGGCAGAGACUACAGAUAAAGUCAAGCAGGGCUUCUGGGAAGAAUUUGAGACUCUGCAGCAGCAAGAAUGCAAACUCCUCUAUAGUCGUAAAGAAGGUCAGCGUCAGGAAAACAAAAACAAAAAUAGAUACAAAAACAUUUUACCCUUUGAUCAUACCAGAGUUGUUCUACAUGAUGGUGAUCCAAAUGAACCUGUUUCAGACUAUAUCAAUGCUAAUAUUAUUAUGCCUGAGUUUGAAACAAAGUGCAACAACUCCAAGCCAAAAAAAAGCUACAUUGCUACUCAAGGUUGCCUACAGAAUACAGUGAAUGAUUUCUGGAGGAUGGUGUUCCAGGAGAAUUCUCGAGUUAUUGUUAUGACAACAAAAGAAGUCGAAAGAGGAAAGAGUAAAUGCGUCAAGUACUGGCCUGAUGAAUAUUCCCUAAAGGAGUAUGGUGUUAUGCGUGUUAGGAAUGUUAAGGAGAGUGCAGCACACGAUUACACACUAAGAGAACUUAAGCUUUCUAAAGUUGGGCAGGGGAACACAGAGAGAACAGUCUGGCAAUAUCACUUCAGGACUUGGCCUGACCACGGAGUCCCAAGUGACCCUGGAGGUGUACUAGACUUCCUAGAGGAGGUGCACCAUAAGCAGGAAAGCAUUUCUGAUGCGGGACCGGUCGUGGUCCACUGCAGUGCUGGGAUUGGGCGAACAGGAACGUUCAUUGUCAUUGAUAUUCUUAUUGACAUCAUAAGAGAAAAAGGUGUGGACUGCGAUAUUGAUGUUCCAAAGACCAUUCAGAUGGUGAGAUCGCAACGGUCAGGGAUGGUUCAGACAGAAGCACAGUACAGAUUUAUUUACAUGGCAGUGCAGCACUACAUCGAAACGCUACAGCGCAGAAUUGAAGAGGAGCAGAAGAGUAAGAGAAAAGGUCACGAAUACACAAACAUUAAAUAUUCUUUAUCGGACCAGACAAGUGGGGAUCAGAGCCCUCUUCCACCCUGUACCCCAACCCCAACGUGUCCAGAAAUGAGAGAAGAUAGUGCUAGAGUAUAUGAAAAUGUGGGGCUGAUGCAACAGCAGAAAAGUUUCAGAUGAGAAGAUGUACAGAGACUUCGUACAAAGACAGAAAUGAAUUUGGUUUUAAAAAGGUCAAGGAAGAGGUGGAAGAAGUUUCACAUGAAUGGUGAACUCUGAGGGCUUCGUACCUUUUUAUUUACGGUUUUAAUCCUUCAACAGUAGGAAAAACUUAAGACCACCUAAAGAUUGUUUUUAUCUUUUCUCUCCAAUACCUGAUUUACAAUUGCUCGUUUUCCAAAUAAAAGGAAAUCCUUUCUACAAUGUAGACACCUACUUUGUGGAGUCAGUUUUGAAUCCCGCAAACCUUUGGACAGUCGUCAAUUUGGUUUUUUUAGAUAGUACUUUUGUUUCACAGUAUGGCUAUUAGUUGGGGUUUUUUUUCCUUAUUUGAGCAGUUGUGGGAUACUUUUUUUCUUGGGGGGUGGUGGGAGAGCGUUGAUGUGGAUAAAUCCAUUACACUAAUGUAAAAUACUGAUGGGAACAAUACUUGAUUGUUUGAAAACAGUGGAUCGUCAGCGUGAAUGGAAUCAGCUACGUGAUAAAAUUUAGUCCUAAUACAUUUCAAACUUGGACUGAGUUUCAUAGAGGUGAGCGGUUAUUGAUAUGAAGGUGCUUUUUGUGAUAAGUGAUGGCUUUGAUUACGACUUAGCUGAGUGACUGGAUGGGCUGUUUUUGAGUAAUUAUGCAAGGUAGUCUUUACAUCAAACAAAAUUUCUUUUAAAUGUUCUCUGCCCAAAAUAGAAAUUUACUGUAUCUCUCAAAAGAGCCUGGCGGUUUGUGAGGAUACUGUCUCUUAAUUUGUCUGUGUUUGUCUAUUAAGCAAGAAAUUGAACUGGCAGAGUUUAGGUAUUUUAGAAAGUUGCAUGAUGACACCUUGACAGCGUAUUAAAACCAGUGAAAUAAGUAAUCCCCUGUGCAGGCUGUUACUUUGGUGUAAAGUAACCUCUUCCCCUUCUGCCGGGGAGGUGGAAGCUGUUGAGCCUUCUGGUUUUUUUGUAAGGCCUUAUGCUAGUCUAAGUGGCUAAAUUAGAGUUGUGUGGGGAAAGCAAUGCAUGGAAGGUAGCCAGCCACUCAAAUUGCCUUAGUUGAAGGGCAGCGCAGGCAGCAAGGCCAGCAGGCUCAUUUUGGUUCAUUCCAUCAGGCAGGAGUUUACGAUCAUUCUGCCUGAAGUGCCUUUCAGAGCUGUAUUGAGUUUGCUAUCCCAAUUAGAGUUAUGUUCAUCUGAAACCAAUUCUGGUGAUUGUUGAUGAAGCAAAGUCCUCUUCUAGAGAUUCCAGAAUGAAGAAAUGCUGUUAAGCUGCCAGUUAAAUGGGUUUCUUGACUUUGUUUGCUCUGUCCAGUUACCUGGACCAGAAGCUCUCUGUGAAGCCAUCAGUAGCUGCAUGGGUGUGACAGUGGCAGAAUUGGUCCCUAGGUGUGGGCACUGGUGGCAUUCACUGUCAUCUUUCCCCAUGCUUCUGGGGAAGCUCUGUGACUUAAGUGGUAUGAAGGGAUUAUUGCCAUUUUCAUACCGCAGAUGCAGAUGGUGGAUGUUAAAUCGCUGUGUGUGAGGGUGCAGGCCCAACGGAAUUGUGUUGUUGGCCUUACUAGUGAACUACGCUAAAGCCUGGAAUGUAAUUAAUGCAGCUUUUUGAAAGGUUAAGUGGGAGAUUCCAUUACCUUUUCCUGAGAGUGCUUUGCAAAAGCAAAUAUUUGAACACUUUGUUUGAACUGAAUGAAGGUGCUUCUUUCAUGUUAAGCCGAAUUUCGUUACUUUGCCUGUUGUCCUUUUUGUCUUCCGAGGCUUGGGGCUUUUUUUGGAACUCCUCUCACCAGCAUACCGCAAUACAUGUUUUCAUGUCAGAGCCUUAUACUUUACUCAUAAAUACUUGUGCCCUUUCUAAAUCUAAAAUUUCUAGUCCUGAUGAGAGAGAAAUCUGUUCACUCGGUAGUGAGAUACCUGUUCGACAUUGCCUGCUUCCUCUCCUGUCCCUAUUUACAGCUUCAUCUGCUGAACAGGGAUCAGCUAUAAGUGUUGAUAUUUGCAUAGAGCAAUUGAGCAGUUAAAUUUCUCUCUAGAGUAGACAAAUUCUACGCUUCAUACGCUGUCGUAAGGUGGAAUGCGUGGUCAGGUUUGGAGCUGUCCUGCACCAAACAGAAAAGUCAAGGGAGAAGUCGAGAGGAAUGGGAGAAGGAUCCUGAAUGAAUCUGAACUCUUAUGAACUCAGUUAAUGUGAUGUAUCUGAAAAGAUUGACCUGUGUAAGCAGCAAUCAGUUACGUGGCCAACAUCAAGUUUCCUCUCAUGACCUCAUUUUAGCUGUUUAGAACCUGCCGCUGUAGGGUUUUCUUUUUUUUUUCUUGGAACCAGGGAAUUCUUACUGCAGAAUGUGUAUUAAUCCCGGAGAGCAUAUGGUGGGAGAACGUCACUGAGGGGGAACAGGAUCGGAAAGACUGUGGAUAAAUAUUCCUCUUAACUGGCCCUGCUGAAUGGCAAAGGGGAGGCCUUGCAAAGUAAAGUCUGUCUGCCUUUCCUGCACUGGCGCGAGAGGGGUGAUGAUUCUUAAAAGCAUUUUUAACUUAUUUUAAACAAUGGCUGGGGGUUAUGACAGAUGAAGCAAGAAAGAGGAAUGUCCUUUGGUUCAGGGGAGAGAAUAGAAUGUGCGUUUCAUGUAUUUCUAGUGAGUUUUUAGAGAAUAAAUUUUAAGCCUUGAUUUACCAGCUUUUGCUGUGUCAGUGGAAUGGAAAAGGGAUGCAGUUCUGUUGUAGAAGACUUUAUACCACAAGGGAAACUUUACCCAACUCCUAAGGCACAGUAAUUUAUGCCAGCAUGAAUUUGCUGCAGACUUCAUUUACUGAAUGUUUUAUAGUGUACACUUUAAUUUCCACUAACUGUUGUUAGGACUGAUUGGUUCUCCUAUUAAUCCUGACCAAAUUUUACUUUUUCCUCUUAAGAUGUGUGUUUGAAACACAAUUAACUAGGAUUCAUCUAACAAAGUUAAAACCUAUUUCCUUUUUUGUUGUAGGGAUGGGAAAAAUCACAGCUGGUACUAGGAUGUGUUGUCAGGUUUUGAUUUCCUACCCAUAACUUCAUUAUUUCAAAUUAAUUUUUAAUUUCUCCCUUUUAAAUAGCGAAACAUAAUAAUUUCAAGCCUGUUUAUUUAUGACAUUAUUGUGAUUUGUUUUUUAUUACAGUACUAAAGACUAAUGAAAAAGGAUCCUUUUAUUAGGUGGAGUAGACCUUGCAUUUAUUUUUUUCCUGCAAUGUAUGAAGUAUUGUACCAGAGUAUUAAAUGAAAUGUAAUAUUUUAUUGAAAAAUCUCUAUCCUUUAAAAGGAAUACAUUUAGGAUGUCAUCAAUUUGAUGUGAAUCAUGUAAAUGUUGAUAAUGCGCUGUUUAUUAUACAUCUAGUGUUUCAAAAGACUCACUUAUUGCCUUUUGCCCACGUACAUUCUGUAGACCUUUUACAAUUGUCAAAAUGUGACAUUAAAAUAAUAGUUUAUGUAUAGAAA